AUGGGCUAUGAGCCCAUUCUUGGCGCCGCCACUAACUGUGAGAUCGGUCUGAUCAAAAAUGCUCAAGACGAUUAUGGUCAGGCGAUCUUUUUCUAUGACAAAGCACUUGAAACUGCCGAGACUCUUCCGGUGACUGAUCCAUGGUUCACUAAUGUGUACAAAAGUUACAAACAAAAUGAAAAUUCGAACAAAGAACGUACUUUUCCAGAUGAAUUCAAUCAACAGCUUGACCAAAAAGUUUAUGAAUGGUUCGCAACUCAACGUAGUAAGAAUAUUCCAACUGCAGGCCCGCUUACACACGAACAAGCAGGGCAAAUUCGUCAACAACUGGAUCCAACAAAUGAUGAUGACUUUAAAGCUAGUAAUGGUUGA